GUCUCAACCAUGGCAACAUCACGAGCCUGGACAUUCUCCCACCGCGGCUCCCCCACAGACGUCCUCUCUCUCACAUCCUCCCAUCCCAUACCAACUUUCCCUCCUUCCCUCAAUCCCUCAGAACAACAAGAAUGGAUCCUCAUCAAAGUAUCCUUUGCAGCCCUCAACCCCGGCGCCAUCUUCCAAAUGGCCCUCAUCCCAACCUUUUUGCGCAACAAGACGUGCAUUCCCGAGAUGGACCUCUCCGGCACCGUCCACGACGUCUGGCAUCCUCAUGCUACUAUCGAGUCCAAUACUACUAGCACUCGUUUCCGCAAAGGCGACAAAAUCAUCGCCAUGAUCCCCGCCAGCCACGCCCUCCCAACCGGCUCCGGCGCGCUCACCGAAUACGUUGCCCUGCCCGCCCGCUUCGCCGUCCACAAGCCGCCGCAAGCCUCCUUCGCCGACGCGGCGGGCUGCCUCCUUACGGGAAUGACUGCCCACCAGCAAGUCGUCGAGGCUGGCCUCAGGCCGGGCCACCGCGUGCUCGUCAACGCUGCCAGCGGCGGCAUCGGCACCAUGGCCGUGCAGAUGGCUCGCCAUGCCGUAGGGCCCGAGGGCUUCGUCGUCGGCAUAUGCAGCGCCAGAAACGUCCAGCUCGUCGAGAGCCUCGGGGCAGACGUCGCCAUCGACUACACCCAGCACACUAACAACAAGAACAACAGCCUCCCAGCACAUCUCGCCCAGACCUUCCACACCAACCCCUUCGACGCCAUCAUCGACACCCUCGGCCACCAAUCCCUCUACGCCAACUCGCCCGCCUACCUCGCCCCCUCAGGCACCUACUCCUCCGUCGGCAUCAAGCCCCCCGACUUCUCCAUCCCUGCCUUCCUCCGCGCCGUGUGGCAGAUGAAGCUCAACGAGUGGUGGCCCGUGAGCCGCUGGCUCGGCGGCGUCGGCCGUCUCUGGCGGGGCGUCUCGAUGAUGGAGCCGACGCUGGAGCAUCGCGAGCGCAUUGCCGAGAUGCUGCGGCAUGGCCAGAUACGCGUAGUCCGGGACAGCGUCUGGCGCUUCGAGGACGUCAAGGAGGCAUAUGCCAAGCUGGGCGGGCUGCAUGCACGCGGUAAGAUAUUAGUGAGAGUGGAUGAAACGGUGGGUGAUGAUGAGUGCUAAGGAUGAUAACUGUUUCGUGUUCGUGUUCGUGUAAAAGGAUUUUUGUGACUCUCGUUUACAUCAAACGAGUCAUUGCCCUUUUGUUGCUUGGUUGCUCGUUUAUCCAUCUCUUGGCAGACUCUCUCCAUUGUUCGUUAAAUAUCAAGAAUGAUACCCGAAUCUGUAGUGCAUAUCUAUCAUAAUUCGUUAUUCUACUAUAGUACCUGACAAUAUAAUCAUACCGUCAUAUCAAUGUACAGUAUCGUCCUCCAAACACUCAAUUGGACUUUGAAACAAAAGAAGAACUAUAAACCACCCCUUACCAAUGAGAACCGCUUGUACCAAAGGUUCUAAAAAUGCAAAUGUACGUAUAUCACUAUCGCCAAAUCAAGAACGAGUGGUAUCGCUUCCCCCUGUUUCCCCUCGAUCCUCUUAUCUUCCCAAAAAAAAAAAAAAAAAAAAAAAACGCUCUCACGCACCGCCCCUUGUCUCCUCAGCGUCCUCAUACGGAAUUUCCCUCUCUUCCGCCAGCGGCAUAAAGUUCGGCGGCCGAUAGUCGUCGUGGCUCAUCCUAACCGACCUUCUCGGCCCCAAAUCCUGAAAGCUUCUCCUCGAAGCUGAGCUGAUAGGCUGGGGGCUCUGGCCUCUCUCUACACUCCUCUCACGUUCCGUCAGCAGCGUGGCCCCCUCCUCUCGCUGAAGAUCAGGCUGUAGUCCAAUUUCUUCCAACUCGAUGCCCUGUGCCUGAGCUUUGCCCUUUUCCAGGUCUCCAGCUCCAUCGGCAGCGUAUUGUCUCAAUAUGUGCUUCGAGUUGGUAUCCUUCUCUAUGCGCUGCAUCAGAUCCUGGUCGGUUGGCCAGUAUACUCGGCGAAUAGCCUGUACAGCCAACUCUAUAACGAUGAGGGUGAAUAAUGUGAGGAACAGCGUCGUCCACCAGGAAAGUCGAUCCCCAAAAGCGUGCAAAAAGGCAUCCCUCACCGAUAUAGGACCAAUUGUUC